GUCCGCGGGGCGGGGCGGGGGCAGGCGGGGCCGGACCGGCACCGGGACCGGGGCUGGGACCGGGGCAGCUCCCGCCGAGGCAGAGGGUCCCGCCGCUCCGCGCUGCCCUCGCCGCCCUGGCCAUGCUGCCGGCGCGCCUCCGCCCGGGGCGGCUCCUGUCCGCCGCACCGCUCCGCCUGCCCGCGCCGCGGGGAGCCGCCGGCGGGGACCCCGCCCGGAGCCCGGGCAUCACCCGCGCUGAGCAGGCUCACAAGGUGGUUGCAAGUUACAAACCUUCGAAGUUUGACAAAAAAAUCCUCCUCUGGACUGGACGUUUCAAGACCGAAGAAGAGAUUCCUCUGAGAAUCCCGCCAGAGAUGCUAGACAGGGCAAGAAACAAAGCUCGAGUUAAAGCUUGUUACAUCAUGAUUGGACUCUCAAUUGUUGCCUGUUUUGCAGUGAUUGCCUCAGCUAAAAAGGCUGCCGCACGUCACGAGUCCUUAACAAGCUGGAACUUGGCAAAAAAGGCCAAGUGGCGCAAAGAGGCCGCACUAGCAGCGGAGUCGAAGACAAAGUAACUCCAUAUGAAAUGCCCAGUGUCCUUGGAGGAGAAAAAUUAGCGGUUCCGGAGAGCGAUUAGUGAAUUUCACCAGUAAAUGGUUAACUGUAGUAUUGCAGAGACUGGAGCCAACAAGGGUAGUUACACGACCACAGAAAGAAAUAGAAGGUCUUUUUUAUUAGAGAGAUACUCAAUGUACUUGUUGCAUAUACUUCAAAUUAGUUAGACUGUUUUGCACAUGAUUAAAACCAGUAACUAAUUUCAAAGGAGAUGAGGUGGUUUCCUAAGAAUGUCACGUAUGGGGCAGCCAAGUCUCCACAAUCUUAAAACCUUUCUUUCAGGCUUGAGCUUGAGCUCUGUUAUACAGAUAGAAGUUCCCUACAGGAAAACUAGAAGUUUUCAACAAAAGGUUAAAUACAGCAAAGACCAAGCAGUAGCGAAGUGACAGUACGAAAACUGCAAAACCAAGGAGACUUACACAAUUUGCUUUUGUAAUUCUAAUUAAAGAACAAGCUGCACUCAGCCAGAAUAUCACAUAUCUUAAACUCUGAGGUUUGGAGAAGUGCGGGGAGGGGAAAUGGCCUGAUAAUCCCACAAACUCUCAAGUCCUUACACCCUUCACGAGAAUUCCCACAGCAGUGGCCAGUCCUGCAGGCAGAGACAGGACUGCAGUUAUCGUACAAGUAUAUGCUUGGUCAGAUGUUUACAAAAUGUAUUUAAACCCCAAAAGUUCUCCAGUAACAGUGCAUAUUUUUACAGUGCACAAAUCAUGGAGUUUGAAUUCAUUUGCCUCGAUGCUGUAUUCAAAAUGGCAUUUGUGUUUUCUAGUUUAAGAAGCCACACUUAUUGAACCACUAAAUAAAUACAAUAAACAUCUGUAAAAUAGGUUUUAUUGUUUUCUGUAUGGUAUCUGGAGAUUUAACAUUCCAUAAUAUUGCAUACUACUCAUAUGUGUUCUGUUACAGUAACGGGCCUUUGGCCUGGAUUUAAAGAUGCACUAUUACUAUCUGAAGUUAGUACAGGUAUUUUAGUUUCCACACGUUAUAUGAAGAUAUUGUGCCAGAAGUAACUGAAAUUUCUCAAUCUAGAUUUCAGUGAACUCUUGAGGUCACAGUUAAACUUCACAUACCAAUUGGCAGACCUAUUACAAAAAUCCUCAGUUGUACUAUUUAAUAAAUUUUAAACAACUGAGAUCUAACCAUUUAGGAAAGACAAUAGUGCAUCUUUUCUAUUUUUUUCUUUUUAAAAGACAGACCCGACAAUAAAUAUUUUCCAGUUGCAACUUGUUCUACAGCUAACUUAUUUCUGUGCCAACAUUAUUACUAUUUUCUGAUUGCUGCUAGCAACAGUGUUUAAAGCAAAUACUAUAAAAUUAAAAAGCUGUAUGAACCAGUCCUCAGACAAAAGUGCAACGAUGAAAAAAUUAGAUAUGAUUCACUGUAUCAAGAGUAGGGAACUAAAAAAAAAAAAUCUUAUGCUUUGCAUAGUUGCAUAGAUUAGCUAGUUAGUAUUCACAUUUAAGCAGAACAAAUGGUACCCUUUUUAAUUAAAGCCAAAACCACAAAACCCAAACCCUUGUAUUUUUAAACAGAUUUAGUAACGGAUGGGGCACUUGAGAGUCCAUAUAGAAUACCAAACUUUAUUUUCUUCUCUCAGUUAUUAUUUUUUUGUCCACACUGGUUUCAUUAUGUUUAGACAACAUCAUCAUAUUCAUGCCCCUACCUGCAAAUGACUAUACCAGAGCUGACCUUAAGUCAUCAUCUCUAGUUUUAUAUUGUUCAUUUACGUGCUUUUAAGAAAGUGUGAUGUAAAGCCAGUGAUAAAAUAGGAGAGGCCAUCCUGUACAUUUAUCCUCUAAAGCAGAAUUUUCAUUAAAAUUUUUUAACAAUUUUAGGGUAAACCAAAUGUUGAGUUUAAAUAAUGAUUUUCAUUAGCCAAAGUCCAUCAAUUUUAGUUCCCUUUUAAACUGUUACAUUUAAAUGUAUCAGAGGCAUGAAAUAUAGUUAAUCUAAAUGCAUAAAGUGCAGUCACUAACUGUUCACACAUACAGAAUAAUAUAUCCACAAAACUGAAGACAUUCUUUCAAAACAAAUAUAAUACUGUAAAUGUCCCCUCUUCUCUUUAUUUUCAAGUCUUUUAAUCAAGAUUUUUAUAGUUCAGAUUUGGUUUGAAUUCGAGAGGCUUACAAAUGCAGUUUUUACAGGGUUCUCCAAAUAAAAAGCAGGCACAGCUGGUCAUGUUAUCAAAACAAGGUUGUUAGAAACAAUGGAAUACCCUGUUACCUGAAUAAUUUUCAUACACUAGAAGAACAUUGAAAUUCAGCAUUUACUAGUAAUGCUGGUAGAUUCCAUGAUUGUUACCCUGUACUUUGAACAGAUGGGGGGGCACAGGAGAAGGAAGGUUGGUGUAUAUGAAAACCUAAAACUAUGAGAGUAAAAAGGGCACAAAUACAAU